GUGUCAGAGAAACGCGAGGAGGGCUGGUGACUCCGGAGCUGACGGCUUCUGUCAUUGUCCUGUCAUCGUCUCCAGCUGUGAACAUGCUGCCGCUGCUCCUACUGCUGCUGUCAGUUACAGAUGACGGCCAGGCUCAGCGCGUGUUUGGUCGGAAGAACAACGGCUCGUGUGUGUGCGAGGUGAACUCCACCAUGUGGCUGUUCCCUGCUGUGAAGUACGAGGGUGUGCAGCAGAAGGUUCUGUCCUGUGAAGGGUCUUUGAACGAACUGCAGGAUCAGGUGGAUUUGGCCAAACAGCGUCUCCCUCAGAUCCAGGCUCUGGUUAAGAAUAUGACGGCUCGGCUAGAACCUUACCAGUAUCUGCACUACCAGGGCCUUUACACGGCCUUGUCUCUGCGCCUGCUGGGACAGGAGCUCAGCCAGCUGGAGACAGACGUCAGCUCCAUCCACAGCCAGUUUAACAACGCCCAAACACAGAGACUCUCCAAAGAGGUGAGUAAAUUGCGUGGAGACGUAGACAGGAUGACGAUGUCAGACACAAUUAACAUGAAGACUGUCAGAGAGAAACUGCGCUACCUGAAGAACAGUGCUGAGUCCUGCAAGUCCAUCCCCGAAGACUUCAGAGGAAAGGAGAGGUACUGCCUCAAAGGUCUGAUCACCAACAUCAGCAGUCCUGUAAUGACUAAGGUUAGUCCUCACAGUAAGAGCUACAUCUCUGGUUCAUGGGGCAAACAGGCCCAGAUGGACAGUCAGGGGCAGAAAUCCAGCUACUGGGUUGUGCCUCUGCUCAGCAACCACGUCUGGGGAAACUCUCUGCGCGUUUACCAAACCUACGAAGACUUUAUGGCCUCUACCAACCACAGGGACUUUACCUUUGCUUCAUCAUACACCGAUACCAAUGCCAUCGAGGGUCCCAACGCGGUCCUCUAUGGUGAAGCUCUGUACUAUCACUGUUACCGCUCUGCAGAUAUUUGCCGCUAUGACCUCAAUACCAAUAACGUCCAAAGGGUAACACUUCCCGGCACCGGAGUGGGUUUCAACAACAAGUUCCCUUAUUGUUAUUAUGAUUGCCGUGCCAAUAGCGAUAUAGACGUGGAGGCAGAUGAGACAGGACUAUGGGCCAUCUACGCCACGGUCGGUAACCAUGGUAAUCUAGUGUUGAGUCGGUUAGUUUGGGACAGUGAAAGAGAUAUGCUUAAUGUCACCCAGACAUGGGAGACGAGGCUGUUCAAGAAGGCGGUGAGCAAUGCCUUCAUGGUGUGUGGUGUUCUGUAUGCCACUCGUUAUGUGGACGAAUACCGUGAGGAGGUUUUCUACGCCUUCGACACAGCGACAGGCAAAGAGGACAACUCACUAGCGCUGCCGCUGGAGAAGGUAGCUAAAGGAGUAGCUAGUCUGAGCUACAACCCCACCAACAAGCAGGUCUACAUGUACAAUGAUGGAUAUCUGCUGGCCUACCAGGCCCACUUCUGAUCUGACGCUGUUGUAAUUCGGAUGUUUAUUUCCAUGCUAGCCAUGUUCAUACAACGCUUACAGCGAGAAAGGAGCAAAGCUGGAAACAGUCCAUCUUACAGACUGUUCUAAGCAACAGUGCUAUGGGUUAACUGAUGUUAGCGAUUGGCUAACAAAAACGCUAAAGGCAUUUCAUAUAUGUGACAAAUGUCUUCUAAUGUAUCAACACUGGAUGCUAUAAAGAAGAAAAAUCAAUCAAAAUCCAAUGAUAUAAUAAAGACUUAUA